GGGAACACACCCCGCCACUUCCUUUACUCAUCUAAAACUUGCUGCAACUGCCAACUUUUGACCUCACGACGAAUGUGAGCCCCUCUAGCUACCCCAUUCACGAACUGGUGACGCUUCCCCCGUCCGAAAUUUGGCGCUACACUUGAAGGAAGGGGCGAAGAAGUCUUGCGAUGGCGGGCCAAGGCAGCCGGGUACCCCAAGACAUCUCCGAGAAUGUUCGGGCAAUUUUGGGGAAAGGGAUAAAAGUUGGAAUGAAGAAACUGAUCAAGCUACAAACCGGUAGCAAGGAAGAGACGAAAGUUUUGGCUUUGUCACAAUCCAGAGCUUUCAUUUUUUCAGCUAAGGUGCCUACGAAGCUGGAGUCCAGUUUCCACUAUCUGAAUAUACAGAGCAUCGCAAGUCUAAAAACAAAACAGCUCCACAUUGAAGCAGAGGACAAGAGGAAUGUUUUUAAGCCCAUCGAGGCUGAGGAUGCUGAACACAUCAUAGGACACAUCGGGGUCUCACUUAAGAGGACCUUCCCUGACAUUCCCAGACCAUUACAUAACCUGCUCCCCAGCCUGCUGAUAGAACCGUUAGAGCGGAUGAAGAAUGUACAGCGGGCAGUCGACACCAUGGGCAGCAAGGAAAAAGGACCCUGUGGUGGUUUUUCUGCCAUGUACACCUGCAUGUGUGACUUUCACAACCUCCCAGUCAGAGAGGAGGUCAUCUGGGAUGUGGACACAAUUUACCUGUCUCAGGCCAACAGAGAACUCUGUUUAGAUGACUUCAACCACAUGGACAGCAAAGACCUGGGUCCUAUCAUCUCAGCACUGGAACACAAUACCUGGUUUACCAAGCUGUCAUCUUACCACACAAGACUGGCUGAGCACAGUGACCAGCUGUGUAAGGUGAUGAAGAAAAAUGCCAAACUUGAGGAGCUUGUCUUGGAGAAUGCUGGCCUUAACAAGGAGUUUGCCAAGCACAUGGCCACAGCCCUGCUGUCCAACACUAACAGUGCUCUGCACACUGUAAGCCUGUCGCACAACCACUUAGAGGACAGGGGAGUGAAUGCUAUCAGUGGACCCAUCUGUAAACUUCCCAGAGGUUUGCAGCACUUGAACCUGACCAAAGUUGGCAUGACUGCUAAAGGUGUGAGUCACCUGGCCCUACAGCUGAUGUCCACCAGCCAGUCCCUCAAACAGCUCCACCUAGCAGACAACAUGUUCAGGGCAGAGGAUAUUCUGAAUCUCCAAGGUGUUUUUGCCCAGCCCAAUGGUAUAACUCACUUGGACCUGGCAGGAACUGAGUGUGCUAUUGAUCCAUUAUUUGGUGCCUUCAAAAGGGGCUGCAUCCAGCACAUACAGUAUCUAAGUCUGGGCAGAAACACCUUCACCCACAAAAAAUCCAAGGAACCUGUGAUUGCCAGUGCAUCAUUUAAAGAGUUCUUUCUUAAUUGUCAGUCUCUGAAGCACGUCAGUUUGUCUGGGACAAAGCUACCACCAGAUGCUGUCAAGUCCUUGUUCCUGGGUCUGUCAGGUAACUUUGUCCUGAGGGACGUGCAUGUGGACCUGAGCAACUGUGAGCUGAAGAAGACAGGAGGAGAGAUGUUGGAGAGUACCAUAGCCAAUGUACCCUGUAUUGCAACUCUGGACAUCAGUGACAAUGGAUUUGAUGAACAUAUGGAGACAAUGCUGAGCUGGAUCGGGCAGAACAAGGCCAUCAGAUAUCUGAACAUCAGCAAGAACUUUUCAGGAAUCAGACCCAGACAUCUCCCUAAAGUGUUAGAAGCAGUAAAGAAACUUAUUCAAGAGGACAACUCCAGUAUUGACUCUCUGUGUUUAGCUGACUCAAAGCUGAAGGAGAAUUUGAUACCCAUUUUGAACGUGUUGGGAAGCAACAACUCCCUCACAAGUUUGGAUAUAAGUGGUAACGGUAUGGGUGACUUUGGUGCCCGCAUGUUAUCCAAAGCACUGCAGAUCAACAGCAAGCUAAGGACCAUAAUGCUGGACAAAAAUGGCAUCACCACCAGGGGAUUCCAGGACCUUGGAGCUGCACUAGAAAAGAACCACACGUUACAGAACAUGCCCACCCCAGUUAGUGAUGCAUCACAGGCCCUGAGGAUGGAUGAAGCUGGAACUGAGGAGGCACUGCAAAAGAUUGAGACCUUGUUGCUGCGGAACCAACGUCCCCUGAAGAUGACCAGUGACCGGAUCUACCGGCUGCAGCAGGGCGUCCUCAUCACCACCGCACAACAGAUGGUGGAGCAGCUGUCGCGGAAGGUGCAGGACAUCAGGGCGGUUCUGAAGGACAGUAAGUCCCCGCAGGUGCAGGCCGCGCUGCAGGAGUCUGACAGGCUCAUUUCAGAUGCAGACAACUCCAAACAGCUCCUACCCCUCCUGUACAAGCAGGGGGCUGGGACGGAGGGGGAGCAGCACCCCCUGGAGACCAAACUGGGCAGCCUGACCAAGCAGAUGCAGGAGGAGACAGACAGACACAUGGCCUCCUCUGUGGACAACGUCCUGAAGUAUGGCCAGCAGCAGUGUCCACACAUCCUCCAAACUCAGGGGCUGAAGCAGGCUCUAGAGCAGGAGUGUCGGGACAAGAGUAAGCUGCCAGACAAACUAGUGGAAGACGCCAUAGUCAACCAGGCAGGGACAACCAUUGUCAACAAAGUCAGAGAGAGUGAGCUGCACAUCGCCACCUUUGUGUCAGACAAAGUCAUUGAGGAGCUACUGGAAUCCCUGGCUAAGAACCACGCUACCUUGAGCGCACAGUUCCGUGAGCAGCGCAAGCAGGAAGCCCAAGGUCGUUCCUCCUCCAAGCAAAAUAUUGCGCAGAACCACGUGGAACCUGAGCCUGCUAGCCCGUCCCACAGACCGACAGAGGUGGAGAAACCAGAGGAAUCACCGCAGUCCCCCACAGCCAGCCCUCCUGACGCUAAACUGAACCAGGUUCAGACCCCCUCCCCACAGUUGUCACCAAAGAUAGACAACAAGAGGAGGAGUGUUGUGCAGAGGAUGCAGAGACCCAUGUCUAUAAUGGGAGAGGAAAACGUCAAGCUAGACCUGUCCUCUGGAUCAGAUGAAGACCAGUCAGGCAGGCAGACCAUCUCUUCUGUUGAGGAAGAACCAAUGUAUGAAGAUAUUGACUCUGGUCCCAAAGCAGAAGAAUCCACACAACCGGUAGCACCCAGCAGAAAAAGCAGGAGGAAGCCUGAAAAGUCGUCUUCAACCGGGAGUUCUUCCUCAAACGACGUGUCAGAGCUUCCAACAGAAGGAGCUCGUCUGGAGCACCUCACCAAGGGCAGGAUAAAGGCUCCAAAGACAGCGGGGGUGCGACGGAGACCGGUACCGAACAGGGGCGUGCCCAACAGUGUGGAAAACAGCCCAGAAGGAACAAUGGACGCUGGGCUGGAUGACUUCUUUGAGAAGAAAGCCUUGGACGUUGUUCUGAGUGAAGAGACUCAUGCUGUUAAUGGGGAAAAUCUUUCCCCCAGAUCUCCACCUGCAGCAGGCCCCUCAUCACUGCAGAAGGAGGAAAGUCAGAGGAAGAAGAAGAAGUCCAUGUUCUCGCAGUUAUUCCAGAAGUCCCCCGGCAGGUCUAAGGAGAAGAGCCCAGAGGUCGCUCAGAAGAAAUCGCUGGAGAAGACCAGACCUCCUCCUGCCCCAACCCCGUCCCCACCUCCUGUUAAAGAGGAGAGAGAGGAGAGGUCUUCACCUGAACAAACUGAAACCAAGCCCACCGCCAUACAAGAAGAGGAGGAGGAAGUGGAGGACACAGAAAAGGUGGAGGAACAGCCGACACCGGAGGAGAAGCCUCGCUCCUCAGAUGCUGAGGAGAACCCCACAGACGACGCUCCAGAAGACGCCGAGGAAACUCCCGCCGUGAAGGAGCCGGUGGCCCUGCGGCGGCCCGCGGGUGUUCCUAAGGGUUUCCCGGGCAUGAGUGGGGGACUGCUGGCUGAGAUGAAGAAAAAACAGGAGAAGAGGGCCACCAUGUUGCCUCCUCCAGAAAUGUUUCAGGACUCGAGAAUGUUGACUCGGUCAAAUUCACAUUCUCCAAAUCGAUCUCCUUCAUUUCCAAGAGCAAAGUCUGCAUCACCUGUACAAGACUCCUCCACAUCCCCAUCUGUCUCACCUGGCAGCAUCAGGAGGAGGGAAGAGAAGAACACCGCAGCAUCCCCAAGCCUGGAGAACAAGCCGGCAAUAUCUCCCAGCAUGCUGAGGAGGCACAACAAGGACGACAGCCCCACUGCCUCCGCCGAGGGUCUCCCUCCCAAACCUGCCAAACGGAGGUCACGUGACAGCGCUGUCCUGGAACCAAACGGCCCCAACAAGACUACAGACCCCUCCAAGUCCCCUACAAGUCCUAUAAAGGAGGAUACCAGUGAGAGGAACAAGAUCUCACCAGCUGUGAAGGCUAAGCCCAAGCCUCCCGCGACUCGACCCAAGCCGCUAGCGAAGCCUAAGGUGCCGGUGCGACCAAAAUCAGCAGAAGUUGGAAAACUACUGCUGGAAGAAAGCAGCAAAAAACCAGAACCCAUGGAGAGGCAGCUUCCUCCUAGAGCUGCCGCAUCGGCUGAAAAGAUAAACAUUCCGAAACUUAAAGAUGAUAUGGAGGACCCACCUCAAGGAAAGUCUGAGGAAAAAAACAAGGAAGGAAAGGACAGCACUGAAUCACCUGAUGCCACAGAUUCUAAUCCUAACCUUGAAGUGCCUAAAGUGUGCGUAGAAACAGCAGAGGCUGUCCCUAAACCAGAAGGGGACACACCGGAGGUGAAGGGACGGGACAGCACCCUAACCAGCACUCACCAGCCCUCAGAAAACAAUCAUGGUAACCCCACAGAGUCGGAAGACAGCCCGGCCGCUAACGCGCCCAGCAAGCGGCCCUCGGUGAUGGACAGAAUCAAGAGUUUCUCAGGGAAGGACGAGGACGUUCCCAUGAAGGCAAAGUCACGAUCUCUGCCUCGUGAUCUAGACUCGACCGCAGAAGUUCCAGAGCCCGCGGCUAUCCCCAGGUCCCAGUCCAUGGACAGUGCAGACAAACUGAAGCCAGCAAACGGAGAGAAGAGCGAGAAAGAAGAGGAAACUGCUAAAGAUGAUGUUCAGAAGGAGUCAGAGGAGACUCAAGUCAUGGUGUGAUGUACAAAUAGAUGCUAAUUAUAGCCUACUAGUUUAUUAUAUGCAGUUGUAUCCUGUCUAUGUUGUUAUUAUAAGGCCACACCAAUUUAAUCUGUUGUUUCGCAGAUUCGCCCUCUCCAUUUUUUUCUGAUUUGCAAAAAGAAAAAUUUUAG